AUGAACAUGCAACUAAUGACAUUAUUCGUACUGGCUGUGAAUACAGAUUAUCUAUGGGAUUACCAAAACAAACUCUCUGGUAUCUUUCAGAUACUUCUGCUAAGCGCGACGCUGGGCAUCGCCUACGCGGGCGUUAUUGGACCUGGACCUUACUAUGGCGGACCACCUGGACACCUGCAUGGCUAUGCGGGCUAUGGUCCGCAUCAUGGACACCUACCAGCAGCAUAUGCGCCACCAGCUCCCAAGCCCUUGGCACCGGAGCCUUAUGAUGCGGACCCAAAGUACUCAUUUGGCUAUGACAUACAGGAUGGUUACACCGGCGACUUGAAGAGUCAGCAUGAGACCCGGCAUGGCGAUGUGGUCAAGGGCAGCUAUUCGGUUGUGGAUCCCGAUGGCACCAAGCGCACCGUUGACUAUACAGCGGAUCCGCAACAUGGCUUCAAUGCGGUUGUACGCAAGGAACCACUGGCUUAUAAGCCUGCUGCGCCACCAGCUCCGGCACCACAUGCCCUGCUGCCAGGACCACCACCUGCUCCACCACUGCCGCCAGUGCCUAAGCCUGCUCUGCCUUUGCUCUCGUAUCCGUAUGCCUUGGGCCCCCUUCAUCAUGCACCCGCACCGGCACCUGCCCCCGCCCCCGCUCCAGCACCUGCUCCUGCUCCAGUUCCCGUUGCGCCCGCUCACCUGCCCACCGCACACUUCCAUGCCGCCUACCCAGCACUCGCCCACAGUCCCUACGCACACUAUGCCCCAGCUUUGCCCGCACCCGCUGCCGAUCCUCAUGCCUAUUAUCAUCACUGAGUUCGUCCAGCUGC